CGCGAACUUUCCUCCCGCCUCAUCAGGUGUCCUGCCUCGGGGGAAAAACAGUGAAAACCCAACGGUUAACUUCGCCCAAAAGUAGAUCCUUUCGAUUUCGUUCUCCUCGACCCCACCCUAUGACUGGUUCGGUGCAACAUCCGGCUCGAUUUCCAGCUUCUCAAGAGAAGAGUUCGUACCCACAGGAGCCAGACGCAGGAGGAGCGAGCGAGGGCCCCUGAGGACUUCUUCCCGGACUGCAGCACCGCGCCACCUUACCAUGGCAUCUGUAUGCACCAUGACGGCCCCCAUUUGCCUUGUGGAAAACCAGAAAAAUCUCCUGAUGGUCAAUCCAGAAGCACUGAAAAUUCUUGGCAACAUAUCUCAGCCUGUGGUGGUGGUGGCCAUUGCAGGGCCCUAUCGGACAGGAAAAUCCUACCUAAUGAACCGCCUGGCAGGACAGAGCCGUGGUUUCCCUCUGGGCUCUACAGUGAGGUCUGAAACCAAGGGUAUCUGGAUGUGGUGUAUACCCCACCCUUCCAAGGCGAAACACACCCUGGUCCUACUAGACACUGAGGGCCUGGGCGAUGUGGAAAAGGGUGACUCUAAAAAUGACUUGUGGAUCUUCACACUGGCCAUACUUCUGAGCAGUGUAUUUGUCUACAACAGCAUGGGCACCAUCAACCGCCAGGCCCUCGAGCAGCUGCACUAUGUGACUGAACUAACAAAGCUAAUCAGGACGAGAUCCUCUCCCAGCUUUGGUGAAGUGGAUGACUCAGCUGAGUUUGUGAGUUUCUUUCCAGACUUUGUUUGGACUGUACGGGAUUUCACAUUGGAGCUGCAGUUAGAUGGACGCCCCAUCACUUCUGAUCAGUACCUGGAGAAUGCCUUGAAGUUGAUUCCAGGUGAGGAUCCCCGAAUCCAAAAUUCCAACAUGCCUAGAGAGUGUAUCAGGAAGUUCUUUCCAGAACGAAAGUGCUUUGUCUUUGACCGGCCUAUAAAUGACAAAAAAUUAUUGCAACAUAUUGAGGAAGCAUCCGAAUACCAACUAGAAUUGGAUUUCCGGGAGCAAUCCAAAAAUUUCUGUUCAUACAUCUUUGCCAAGGCAAAAACCAAGACCCUAAGAGAGGGAAUCACUGUCACCGGGAAUCGACUAGAGAAUCUGGUGGUGACCUACGUAGAUACCAUCAACAGUGGAGGUGUUCCUUGUUUGGAAAAUUCAGUGACAACUCUGGCUGAGCGUGAGAACGCAGCAGCCGUGCAGAAGGCAGCUGACCACUACAGGGAGCAGAUGGCCCAGCGAGUGAGCUUCCCCACAGACACACUCCAGGAGCUGCUGCAUGUGCAUGAGGCCUGUGAGAGGGUCGCCAUUGCAAUCUUCAUGGAGCACUCCUUCAAGGAUGACAAGCGGGAGUUCCAGACCAAGCUCCUGGGCAUCAUAGAGAAAAAUAAGGAGGAUUUCUUACUGCAGAAUGAAGAGGCAUCUGUCAAAUAUUGCCAGGAUGAGCUUCAGCGGCUUUCAGAGCCCCUGAUGGAAAGUAUUUCAGGAGGAACUUUCUCUGUACCUGGAGGACACAAGCUCUACUUAGAAGCAUUGAACAAGGUCAAACAGGACUAUGAGCUGGUGCCCAGGAAAGGAGUUAAGGGAAACGAGGUCCUCCAGAUCUUCCUGCGGUCACAGGCAGCAGUAGAGGCAUCCAUCCUUCAGGCCGACAAAACCCUCACCGAUGGGGAGAAGGCCUUAGCAGCUGAGCGUGCCAAGAAUCAGGCAGCUGAGAAGGAAAAGGAGCUGCUAAGACAGAAACUGAAGGAACAGCAUCAAAUAAUGGAGGCUAAAGAGAGAACCUUCCAGGAAAACAUGGCCCAACUGAAAGAGCAAUCGGAGAGGGAGCUGAAGAUCCAAAAAGAAUUACUUACUGAAGUAUUUCAAAAAAAAUCUGAGCAGAUGAAUGAAGAGAUAAAUAAACUAAAAAGGGAGAUUGAAAGCUCUAAAAUUGAUGACCUUUCAAAUAUCCUUGAUGUGGCUACCAUGGGGCUUCUAACGGCAGUGUGCCCACCCUUUGGGCUAAUUGCUUCUGGGAUGAAAUGUCUCAGUAUGAUUAUGAAACAUGUGGAGAAAUCCUAGCAGGGUACAACGUUGGAUGCUGCAACUAAGGCAAAUGCCCUGGUUUCUCUCUAAAGCAAGGAGACUAGUCCAAUCCCUCAUUCCAAGCUGCUUUUCUUAUAUGAGCUACCUUCAUAGAAUAACUCAGCUGUGCACAGUGGAACACUAAUGCAUGACAGACUUUGUAUAUUGUCAUUGCUUAUUAAACACUUUUCUAACAAA